AUGUUGGCGCUGGGCGUGGAGGGGUCGGCGAACAAGCUGGGCGUGGGCGUGGUGCGUAGUGAUGGGAGCAUUCUGAGCAACCCGCGCUGCACGUACAUCACGCCGCCCGGCCACGGCUUCCUCCCGCGCGAGACGGCGGCGCACCACCAGCAGAAAAUUCUGCCGCUCGUGGAGCGCGCGCUGCGCGAGGCGGGCAUAGCACCGGGGGACAUAGACUGUCUGUGCUACACCAAGGGGCCGGGCAUGGGUGCCCCUCUGCAGGCUGUUGCCAUCGUCAUCCGCACGCUCGCCCAGCUGUGGGGCAAGCCCAUAGUCCCAGUGAACCACUGUGUGGCGCACAUAGAGAUGGGGCGCUGCGUGACUGGCGCCCAUGACCCCGUGGUGCUCUACGUCAGCGGAGGCAACACGCAGGUGAUAGCAUACUCAGAGGGCCGCUACCGCAUAUUCGGGGAGACCAUUGACAUCGCCGUGGGCAACUGUCUGGACCGCUUCGCACGUGUGCUCAACAUCUCCAACGACCCCAGCCCGGGCUACAACAUCGAGCAGCUGGCGAAGCAGGGCAAGCGGUACGUGGAGCUGCCGUACGUGGUGAAGGGCAUGGACGUGUCAUUCUCAGGCCUCCUCACCGCAGUUGAAGGCCUGGCUCAGCGCGUCGCUGCACCGGACGCCGUGGGGGAGGAUGGCUCCACCGCGGCUGACCUCUGCUUCUCCCUGCAGGAAACCAUCUUUGCAAUGCUGGUGGAGACGACCGAGCGGGCCAUGGCACAUUGCAACAAGCGCGACGUGCUUAUAGUGGGGGGCGUGGGCUGCAACAUUCGCCUGCAGGAGAUGAUGCAGCAGAUGUGCUUAGAACGAGGGGGAAGGCUCUUUGCCACAGACGACCGGUACUGCAUUGACAACGGAGCCAUGAUUGCUUACACAGGCCUGCUGGCGUUUCAGCAUGGCGGGCUCAGCAUGACUGUUCCUAUCGAGGAUUCGACUUGCACUCAGCGGUUUCGAACCGAUGAGGUGGAGGCGGUGUGGAGGGAAGGAGAGGGGAGGAAAGGAGAGGGGAUGGAGGGGCUGGAUGGAGGAAGAGGUGUGGGAGUGGGGGUUGCAGCACGGGAUGGAGAGCGGAAGCAUGGGGUUGAGAAUGGAGAUGCGGUUGGAAUUGGUGGGAAGGGGUGUGCAGGUGAGCAGGAGGGGUUGGGAGCGGUGGAUCAUGUGGCAGGGCAUUUAGAAAAGAAGCUCAAAGCUGGUGGGGAGGAGAGAAGGGAAGAGAGGGAAGAGAAGGCAGCAAAAGAGGAGCCCUCUCUUAUGCUGGUAGGCUGA